AUGGAGAAACACCGAAGUAUUGAAUUUGUCAUACCGCGAGACAAAUCUCCCCUUCUGAAAGAGACGAUCGAACGAGUAUGCUCUCUUUUCGGCGUCAACAUUUCACUGCCAAAUGAUCUACCUUCCAACGAAAACCAGUGGGUCUGUAUAAGUGGGUCGAGCGAGGAACGUCGUGGUAAAGCGAAGAGCUACAUAACUUCUCUUUGCGGCAAAGACUCGGUAAGACAUCGUGUGGACCUUAAGAUACCUGGUCGCUUGUUUGAUGAUCUGAAAAACGGGAGGGCCGGCGAGGAGCUAGAAAGAUUCGCUGGCGCCGUGUUGUCGUUUAAUGAUUCGGAAGUGUACGUGCAGGGCGAAGAUAUUGCAGUCGCAUUGCUAGAGUCUGAAAUCCAGCGACGGAUCGUUGCUUUUACUGAUGGUAACGAACUCAAUACUUGCUCCGCGAAGUGUGCAGAUAGUGAUGAUCUAGUGCACGAUUCUGCCGAAAAUAUUCCCGAACUUUCGGCAGUGGCUGGAAGUACUAACACGGACAUUGCACCUUCCAUGAGGGAAUUUGCACAUAAACUCAAUUACACAGAUAAAGAAAUAAACGUAGUCAUAAGAACAUUUGGAACAGAAAUCAACAUAAACCAACUUCUUCAGGAACUCGUCAAAAAUUCCGCUUCGACGCUUCAGCUUAGUUCUGCUUCAGAGGACAUGUUUCCUGUUGCUCGCGGAUGCUCUGCUCCUCGAGAAGUUGCUCGCGGAUGCUCUGCUCCUCGAGAAGUUGCUCGCGGAUGCUCUGCUCCUCGAGAACCGCGGGUCCUAUACACGCGGGGCGCCAUUCCCGCCAACUCAACCCGCGUAGCUGCGAUUGUCGAAGCUGAUAAUCAUGUUCCAUUCCAGGCAGACCUCUUGCGGCCAAUCGUUAUCGAUGGUAGCAAUGUGGCCAUGAGUCAUGGAAACCAGCAAGUGUUUUCUUGUCGGGGCAUAAAACUUUGCGUUCAGUUUUUUAAGAGAAGGGGACAUACUGACAUUACUGUCUUCGUGCCAUUAUGGAGAAAACAAGAACUUCGACCAGAAAGUCCCAUUGCGGAGCGGGAAAUUCUGGAUGAACUCUCUAGACAAAACGUUCUUAAGUUCACGCCUUCACGAAAGAGUGGUAAUCGCCUUAUUGUGUGCUAUGACGAUAAAUAUACUGUUGAGUUAGCCGAUCGAACUGGCGGGAUCAUCGUUUCCAACGAUGGUUUUCGAGACCUCAUCAAAGAGAAUCCGCGAUGGAGGGAGACCAUUGAGCAACGAACACUGAUGUACACUUUCGCUGGAGAUCUUUUCAUGCCUCCGGAUGAUCCCCUGGGAAGGAAAGGACCAUCCUUGGACGACUUCCUGAAGAAAGGCUCUGCGACGCACCCGAGAAUCUGCCCAUAUUUAAAGAACUGCACGUUUGGUAAUCGCUGCAAAUAUUACCACCCCGAAAGAGACACCCAAAGACAACAGGAGAAAGCCGCGGUGAGAAAUCCACCUGAAAAUCCCGAGCUCCCUACAGCCAGUCCUUCUGUCACAGCAUCUCCUACAUGUCAAUCAACAAGGACUUCGACCAAUGGGAUCCACCCAAGGGUGGGUGACCCAAGGGUUUCCAUUGCGACUCCUGGUGUCCAACGUAGUUGUCAGUCAACUGCAUCCUCAGCCAAUGAGACUAGGAACCCUGCAGGAGAGAGAUUUCAUUCACGUAUUGAACAUCGUGGACAGCCCAAUGAUAUUUUAGCUCGUGGGAGUGGGCAAGUCAGCGCCCCCUCGCACGCAUACCCUUGCGUUCCAAGUGGAGAAGAGUACUACCCGUGCUAUCCGUAUUAUGGCGAUUACCAUAAUGCAGUUCCUUCAGAUUACAGAGCCAGAAACCUCCCGUAUCAGGACCCAGCUCCUUUGUAUCACCAUGACGUGAGCCAGUAUUCUCCGCUCCCACCUGCCCAGUGGCCACGGCCAUACAAUCCUCAAGUCCCUUACCCUCCACCCUCGGGUAUUGGAUAUCCCGCGGGCACGUACAUGCAUCAGUACUUUGAGCCUGCGCCAGUUCCGUACCGCAAUUUCCAAGGAGACCAGGGACUGCACCGGGAUCAAGUAGACAGUGGCACGUCAGGGGAUUCUACUGCCAGAAUAGAACACUUUGACGGUUUAGUUGAGAAACUUAAGAACGUUUUCAAAGACUUGGAUGAAGAGUUAAUAAUCCGUGUUCUGCGGGACCACCCGAAAGAGUGCGCGGACAAAGAUAUUAAUAAAUUAGCAGAUUUCAUACUGGAAACCACUUCAUCCCAAACCUGAGUUUUUUAUAAAUGAAGAAGACUUCAGUUUAUUUUUUUUGUGCGUAAGGAAUUUAGCCGGCUUUUUUAACGCUGUGCCACGUCUUGGUGAAAAUGACACGCUUCGCAUAGGUAGACUCUUCGUUUGACAUGUUUGUCAUUUUCCCCGCUUUAUAGCAACGCUAAAUGAAUUCUUGUUAAGCCUAUAACUUUGCAAUUUUAGGAGUAGAACUUCCUCCAGCGGUUAUUAAAAGCAGUUUACUUUUUGCUAAUGCUCUAUUGCAAGUUGCUCUUCUUUCAGUUUGUAAAUAUUCUACGCAGGAGAAUAAAGUGAGCUUUACUAUGAAAUGUCUCUCUCUUGAACUAAGAUUAUGGCCAACUAGGGUUAGACACUCUUUGUCCGAAGGAUGUGACUGAGCAGAUAUUUGAUGAUAAUGUUUAAGCAGUGCACACAUCCUAGCGAGUAAAAAGGGUGUUAUAGACGAUGAAAUGUGUCGUCACGUCCUCAUAUAUCGAGCCAGAAUCUCUGUUACAAAAAUACGUGGUGGGCGUCAACUUGAUUACCUUUUCGAUCAAAGAUUCCGUUUCGGUUGUACCCUUUAAAGUCUUAACCCUUUAAGUCCCAAUAGUGACCAAGAUCAAAUUUCUCCAAACAAUAUCCAUACACUGUCAAGAGAUAAGUUAUGACAAUUAAUAAAAUUAUCAUACAAGAGAAUAUGCGUUGAUCUAUUAUAAAAUUCUCUCUACUUAUGGAAAUGUAUAGAGAUCAGUUUGGAGAAUUUGUAUGUGGAUACUGGGGCUUAAAGGGUUAAGGGUGGUUAAAAAACUACGGGUAGGUUAGUCUUUCGUCUCUUCCAACAGGAAGUAAUGCAGAGCUGUUUUACUGUUUGUAGUGAUCGAUUGAUAGAUGAAAUUAAUACUUCUGCAGAACACACUUAAACUUGCUUCGACACGUAUCUUUGCGGGCACCUCAUUGUGUUUCUGGAGAAGGGGAAAUAAGUAUUCGUAAUUAUCCGGAAUCAAUAAACCCGCUUUGUUGUGAAGUUCAAGGUGAUCUCUUUAUUUAACCCACGCAACUGGUAAUUCGCCAGGAAUUGAAUUUGCGAAGAGAAUGGGGACGAGGAAGUUAACAUCUGCCCUCCCUCCCUCCACCCCCCCACCGCUUGGGAUUCAAUCGUAGCAAUAUCGAAAAAGUUGCAAUGCCAGCUAAGCUUAAAUUAUCAUGUUUACAGGCUCUCUUUCACGACUUUGGGAAAAGGGCCGAAAACGCGUAAAGGCGUAAUACGCAACAGAAGAGCCGUUCAUAGGCUUCCUCAAAAUUGAUACACUAGCUGCUUUCGCGCUUAUUUACCACUGGCUAAAAAGGGUUGCUGUUAGCUUAACCAGUUAAACCCUGAUAUCAAAAUUGAAAUUCUCAUUUGUUGUCCCUAUACACUUCCUUUCGAAGUAGUGGGGAGAAGUUGUUAGAGUAUCAAUUAAAUUCAUCUUAUGUGAUCAAUCCUUUAAUUCUUGUGACCAUAAUGUUUUAUGGAGCAAAAAUAUUACAAGGAAAAAAUUGAUGCUGAUCACACCUAAGGGAAUUAAGGUUAGAGGUGCCUUUUCUUAAAACAGGAGAAAGAGUCCGCCAGGAGGAGUUCAACAAAACUGUGCGGUCUGGAAAGAGAGACGUCAGCGGACACAGAAAUAUACACAAAGGUGCGUAUGCAAUAUUAUUGUCAUUUAAUAUAUAUUACGUAGUCUCCUUCGCAGCCAUUUUUAGGCUCGUCACGCAACGCUCCUCUUCCUGCGAAGGAGACUAUAUAUUACGAUGAUGAAAUCGAAAUGUCCACACAUCUCGUACACUAACUAUAACUGUGUCGUAAGACCUAUCGAAACGUAACAAUGACAUUUAGAGUUUUUACAGCUAAUAACAUCGCGGCUUAACUGACAGACGACCAGUAACAUCGCGACUUAUUUUAAGACCUAUCAGUUCAAUAAGCAGAGUUUAAUACCAUCAACUGACGUGAUACAGUUAACCAAGCAACAAAAUCAAAGGAAAAUUAAGAAAAUCUCAAGCCUUUCCGUUCUUCAUCAAAAAACUUUUAUGUUGCAAACUAUUUAAUACUGGUGUAAACGAAAAUAAUUGCCCGCAAAGGACCCAUUUUUUUGUUCAUUUGCUCCAAGGUUAAUGGUAAGAACGCUGGCGGGUAUUCGUUUCAUCUGCGUUGUCGUCGUGUAAACGCAUGAAAAAGGCUUGCUAAUUGGCAAUACGGAAUGAAGGAACUACGAAGGGUAUUAAAAAGGAAAAGGAGAUUUCUGCACUACGCGCAAUAUUAGUAUUACUCGAACAGAAUAGACAAGAUGCUAAUUGAAGGUGGGGUAAUAGUUAACAAAUACACAAGCCUUGACUUUGCUCUGUCCUGUUGUAAAGCAACUAUAGCACACAGGAAGCGGCCAGAGCACGCUUUUUCAACCAAUAAGAGUGCUCGUUAUUAUAUCUGAACUUUAUUGUAAAUUGUGCUAAUCGUUUAGCCCAUAUGAAACUGACUUCUUACUUAGGACAAAACGUUAGGCUGGGGGAGGGGUAGGUAGGCAGCUUCCCGGAAUCGUCUAGUAUUUCACUGAAAAACCUUGCAGACUCAGAAGUGGAGGAGCCUCCUCAGAAAAGACAUAAAAGCUCGUCACGUAAAACAGAUAACUCAGAUGACUCAGACAGUAAGCAAAAUUUCCACCGAGACGAUCCGCAGAUUGGUGUCUGUCUCCAGUAUCUCAGGUGGGUAACGCCGCUUUAUAAUGAAUACCCCCCUCUCAAAAAAGCCCCUCCUUUUCUGGGGAAGAAAGUUGAGAAGGCCCCCUCUCUUUUAAGCCCCCUCCCCCUUAUUAUUCCUCACUAAUAAAUAGAGAGACUUUAUUAAUCAACCUCGUGUGAACUGAUCCGGGAUGGUUUAUUCACCAACUGGAAGUUUGGAUUUGUUUUGUGAUCUGCUGCAUAACCUCCAACUUCUUCUACUUGCCCUUUUCCUCUUGGUUUGUAUUUUGGUUCUUCAUGGAGAACUUAUACCAUCGUCUUUGCUAAAUUAAAUAAGCACCCCUCUCAAAUAUGGCCCGUUUCUAAUAAGCCCCCCUCAAAUGUGUUUGAAAUAAAUAAGCUCCCGGGGGGCUUAAUAGAGGAUUGACGGUGUACCCCUGGGUUUUGAGACAACUAUAUAGCCCUCGCUCCUACUCCUGAGUUCGAACGUAACUUUGCAGUAUAUCGGUGAAUCUUAAUAGUUUCAAAUAAAUUUUUUACCCAGAAAAGUCGAAUUCUUUAUUCCUUGACAGAUCAAAUGAUUGCAAAUUAUAAACAUAGAACUUUCUUUCUAUCGUUCAUAUCAGUCUUGAUGAACAUUUAUUCGUUAAUGUCAUAUCCUAAUCGCAGGUGCACGGAGAGGCAGAAAUUUUUUACCUAUGUUAUCGAUUAUGGUAAAUGACUCACGUACUUCAGUUUUACAUGCAUGCACGAUCACGUACACGUCCUCGGUAGCGCAACGUUUUAGGCUUAGAUAGAUUUACCAUUGGCAUGGACAAUCCUCUUGUUUGCUUGUUUCUGUUGAAUUCUGCAACUAAGAUUACAGCACAAUUUUUAGGCAACAAAAAGGAAGUACGUGAUGUGAAACUAACAUAGAUUGAAGCAGAUCUUCCGCAGCUGAACCGUUUUUCAUUAAUGCUGCUAGCCUGUUAAUUGACGAUAGGGAGAUUAAGGGUCACAUAUUAUGGCGCACGGAAAAUGAGGCACUGACGCUCGCUCUAAUUUUGUCACUGAACAGAUACGCAUUAAGGUGAUAAAUUAAAACUGUUAAAAAAGGAGAAUCAGAAUCAGAAAGAGAGUAGAAAAAAAAAUUCUUUACAUGAACAGGUCCAAUAGCUUGAAAGGGUGUGUUAGAAUUGAGAUUUUUCUGUGUGAUCCUCUACGCGACAAGACUAUAUAUGAUCUGGUCACAACCCCCAACAAGGCACGUCUUAAGGUGUUUCGAUACAGUUUUUCAGAGGCCAUACCGAUAUUUUUCAAUCGCCUUAAAAGUGUUUUUUCCUUGCCCGAUCGCUAUAAAAUUUUCACCAGUAAUUGGCUAUGGAUUGAAAUUUGUGAAAAUGUUAGUUUUAAGUAAAAUCGAUAUUACUAUGACAACAAUAAACAAAAUACUUUGAAAUUGAAAAAAGCCGAAUUUUGUGUAAUCUAGACGAGCUACUGAAAAUCCAACACUAGGAACUUAAAGUCUGGUGUUUAGCAAACAAUCUGCGUAAGAAGUAAAAAAUUCUCUAUGUUUGAAUUCGACUAAAGCGAAAAUAUAUUUCAAACCUGAAAUUUUCAAUAGCCAUGUUAGAUUAUUUAAUAAAAAUGUUAUAAAUGACUCAAAUUAUUCUCAAGUAGCGGCAAAAUAUAUCAUAUUUCGAUGCUAGGAAAUUUUGGUGUAUUUUCGUUCUUGCGAUCUUUAAAACUAACCCGUUUUCUCACCACCUGUCUAAGUGGAACUUCGUUCAAAAUUUAGACUUUUAUCGCUUUUUUGUAUAUCUCUGAAACGACUCGAACGAACUUUUUUAAAUCUCUUCACAUAAUCUUCAUAAUGUAUAUAAUAAUGUCUGAAACUUUCAUUAAGAUUGAUUCAGUGUAACACCUUGAAAUUUCAAGACAAACCUAUCCUACGAACCUGUCAAAAAUAUGCGUCACAACAUUCACUGUUUUGACGUUAUGCUAAUGUUUCCUAUCUAUCUAUCUAUCUAUCUAUCUAUCUAUCUAUCUAUCUAUCUAUCUAUCUAUCUACCUACCUACCUACCUACCUACCUACCUACCUACCUACCUACCUACCUACCUACCUACCUAUCUAUCUGUCUGUCUGUCUGUCUGUCUGUCUGUCUAGCGGGAUGCAGGAUGUGCACAUCAACCUAGUUUAAUCCUAGUUCCCACGAGUCUGUUGUAGCUCAGUGGUAGAGUAUAUGGACAAGUAACUAGGAGGUCAUAGGUUCGACUCCUGAGUAGCCUGUGUCACUAACUGAAAAAAUACCAUUAUCAUGAUUUUGGUUUGUUUUUCAUUGUACAGGAGCUGUGACGAGGAGCAGGAACUGGUGUCUGGCGAAAUGAAAAACAAUUCCCGUGUUGAACACCCUGGUCGGGAACAACUUUCUGAAAGGUACAGUUAACGUUUUUUUUCUAGCAAUUGGUCAUUUUGAGGUUGUUCUCGAAUGGUAAUCUUCUCAACAAAACAGGAAGGCGCCACGCAACAAGCACCCAGUCCCCUCCGCAACCUCAAAAUAACCAACAUCUCCUUCUUUUUAAUUGUCUAUUAUAAAGGUGCAAAAUAAAGUUUGCAGGAAAGUUCUGAGGUCAAAAUUGGUCAACAAAAACAGUCCAAACAGUUUGUGCAUUGGUUUGGAUUGUUUUUGUUAAAAAUAAAAAAACCUUUGUGAGUCAAAAUAAGUAAAAAGCGAUGUUAAUUAGUUAUUCGCAACCUCAAAAUAACCAACAUCUCCUUGAAUUGCUGAAAGCAGCCACUCUUGUGAUUAAGAAGGACUGUUACUAACGAUCCGGUUAUUUUAAUGCAUUAAAAUUAAAAAUGAAUAAUUACUUAAAAUUCGAAAAUAAGCCCCGGGCUUAUAUUUUGCUUUAUUUUUUUUAUUCGAGGGGCUUAUCUACGGAGGGAAAUUUUUUCAAAAUCAAGUGUUCAAAAUAAAUUGUUUGAUUGUUUUUUGCGUUACUGGUUUCGGGGGCUUAUAGUUGGAGGGGUUUAUACACGGAGGGGCUAAUUUUCGGAACGUUACGGUAUUAGAGCAGCUAUAAACUAAUAUUUAUAAAAAAUUUCACUUUGAAAGGGCUCUUCGUUCUGUGAUACUGUACGCUUCAAUUUCUAAGCUUUCGCUUGAUGUGAUAUUUACAUGGCGGCCGAGAGAAUUGUCGUUUAGGUUGAAAUAGUGACUUAUUUUGGGGGAUUCUUGGUGUCCAUCAGGAUGGGCCCCAACUUGGCGUCUCCAUUGAAAGCUCUAUUAAUUUGUGUUAAUCAUUUCUCCGAAUAUCUCGCCUAUAAAAAAACUGAACUGACCUGAAUCUUGCCGAGGGUCUUUGCAUAUUUACCUCCUUUCAUAUUCCAAAUUCUGGACUUAAUCUGUUGCUCAGUUUUGAUUUUUAUUUUUGAUGGCGUGACAGAGAAAACCAGCAUUAGUUUUGAAGGGCUUGGUAAUAAGUAGAUGAUUUAGUCUGGUUUCAUGAAAAUCAUUGUCGUUAAAAGAAGAACGAUUAUCAUUUGCAGCAGCUUACAGUCCUUCGUUGGCUUUUUUUUAUAUCCUUGUUUAGUUGUUCCUCUUUCCUCUUUAAACAUUUUCAGCACGAGAAAUGUAUCGAAGAUGAAUGGUACGAUGUGGGAAUUGGUCAGAAAGUACAUCCGCUGUUCCUCUCGCACCACUAUCGGUCACAUUAAAAAGUACCUUAAACUUAAGCUGAAACUUUCCGCUGUCGAUCAGGUAAAACAGAAAAAGAAAAGCGACGACUAAUGGGCUAUUUCCGAGUUGCAGUAACUCUCACUUUCAAAACGAGGCUAAGUGCAAAAAAUAAGUGUUAUUUACAUGAGAACAAAAAGUCAUUUUCACAUCAAUGGUAUCGCACUUACCCUCGCUUUGAAACAGAGGCUAGGCAAAUUAGAAAAGGCCUAUUACCGUGGCCCGUAACAGUCCCUUCAUGACCCCCGAAAGAUCGUCUCUGACUCUUUUCGAUCAGCAUUGCGGGCUUGUUGGAGUCUCUAUAAACUGCUUUUCGCAGUUAACCACUCGCUCACUCGUUUACCCGAAAGUUAAACAUCUUGCUACUCAAUUAUACACAUAAACUUUGCGCGCUACAUUACGCCAUUACUCGUUAGCUAAGAAGUCUAGAGUCUGCUUAGAAAUGCGAAAACGGUUUCUGUAACUAUAUGUCAUAGUUUGUGUUAGACAGCGGGUUUCGAAGGAAUUUUAUUGAAACGAAUUUCACGCCGGUCCAGAAAACACCCUGUUCAAGACGCUAAAUGAAAGUGUAUACCCUGUUUAAGUGCUCACUCCGCGAAACCCAGACCCUCUUCGGCGGCACAUACACGUUCAGACCAAAUAAGGGAGUGUCCCCCGCGUUCUGAACCCCCUCCUUUACAACAGAAGUUUGAAUGAGGGCUGUUCUUUGAUUUCAGGUUGAGGUGAUGUGUAACGGUGAAAUUAUGGGUAAGGAUCACACGCUGGAGUUCGUCUUCAUGACAAGAUGGCGGAUACAGGUAAAUGAGGGGAAAGCAACAAUGAAAGUAAAAGUAUACUAUAAUGUGUUGCACGCUCAGCGGAGUUGACUUAACAAAUCUAGCAGUUCGUGGUGGCGCCCUGGCGGCACAAAUCUACAAUUGGCGUCAAAAUUAGUUGAGAGACUUUGCCCGAAAGGGCCUUUCUGACGGUUUACCGACUUCAAAAGGAGAAAUAAAGCUUUCCCUCGUCCAUCCCCUCCAUGCAGUGUUGUGCCGCUUUUCGACCUGUAGAAAACAACAAACACCCCAACUUUGAAUGGAGGUGAGAGGAGAGUGGUGUGGAUUGUUUUUUUCUCUGAAGUUCUCCUAUUCGACAACAAUGUCUCAACAAUUUUGUCGCCGAUUGUGGGUCUUUGCGAAAAUCUACCGUACUGCGACACAAGAAAAAAUGAGAGACUUCUCGCAGUCUAAUUUUGUUAUACAGUAAGACCCCGCGACUAAGAACCUGGAUUUUUCCAAGUUAGCCGAAACAUUUUCUUACAUAAAUGGCAGCACAAGGUUAGGCUAUUUAGGUUCUUAUUUUCUGAAGAAAAAAUGCAGUAUAGCCAAGAGUAAAAAUAAAUAAAAUCUGCAUAGCAAAUUGGAAGUUAUGUAAAACUGACCAUAAAGAGAAGAAGUAACCAUUGACCUCAUUGACUACAUUGGCAUGUAAAUUACAGUUGGAGUGAUAAGGCACCUAUGUCUCCAAAGAGGAUUCUGAAUGUUGACUUAUCAUAUUUGGUCAAGUGUACAGGUUCUCAUAUAGAGGGGGCAUAACUGGCACAUUUUAGCCCAAUAGGGUCGUAUAAUCCACUGCAGGUUCUUAGUUGCGGGGUUCUACUGUAUUCCCCCAAGCCUUAAAGCCAGGAAUAAGUUUAGUAGAUUAUCGAAUUUGGUCGAUUAACCUAAGAUAUAAGAUUUACCAUUCAGUUUCUUUCUAAAUACUGAACUCAUUUCCCUUUUUUUUUUUGCAGGGCAACAAAAUUUUAACCCUCCAGUAUCGACCUAAACUGGAUUUUCUCUGACGCUAUAAAUUAGGAUUGGAAUAAAAAAGUAUUUAUAUAUAAUAUAUAUAAUCAUGAAAAAAAAUUAGUCUUCGAGACGUUACAAGACACUUUUGUAGAAUUACAAAAUAAAAAACCGAAAAUGGCAAGAAACAAUUUUAUUGAAACGAGGAAUUUACCUUGGUUUAUAGUCUUUGUUAAGACCUGAUAAAAAACACACUUCUCGGAGCGUUUCUAACUUGGAUAUCGUUCUUUUCAGUUUCUUGUUUUAUUUUAUUAUUAUUAUUUUUUUCAGUUUUAUUGUUUUUAGAUUUCACCUGAUAGUGCCGUUGGUAUUUUGGCGUAUUUCACUUUAGAUACUUACAGAAACUAACCUCGUGAAAUGGAGUUUGUUUCCUCCUAUCCAGUGAUCUUCAGUAGCUGACUUCACUGCUCGCAUAUAUUUUCCGAGCAUAAAAUCGGUAACAAAACUAUCGGCGAUCGCAAGCCCUGACUCGUGCUCCGAAUUUAAGCCCGCGUCCACUUCUUACGUUCAUCGAAUAGAAAAAACAACAACAACAAAAAAGGAGCUGAGAAGAGUCAAAGGCGUAAAUGCGAAUCCAAACUGUUGAAAAACUCCCGACUUAUCAUGAAUUAUAGACAGAAUCCGAGGCCUCGUCCACACGAAUCCGCAUAGUUUUUUCUUACAAGAGUCGGCCUUUCGUCCACACGAGCCACUGAAUCCGCUCAAUCAUCCGUCGCCUAGUAUAGACCUUUUCACGGUUUUUUCAUCUUUUGACAUGGACAAGUUUGGGAAAAUCCGUCGACACCACUGGAAAGAGCGCCUUAAUGUUAGUAAAAUUGCCAAAUUUGAAAGUGAUACGUCUUAAGUGCUCGAAAAUAGAGCUCCGCAAUUUUGCGAAAAUUUACAGACGUUUGUAUGGUGGUGUGGUGGUGGGGCAAGUUUGUGCUCCCCACCAUACCAACGUCUGUAAAAUUUCGCGACCUUGGAGGAGUUAUAUCUUCGUUAAUUUUCAACAAAUCACUUUGAAACUUGGCAAUUUUACUAAUAUUAAUGCGCUCUUUCCAGUGGUGUUGACGGUUUGUCCCUAACUUGUCCAUGUCAAAAGUUGGAAAAAAAAACCGUGAGAAGGUCUAUUCGUAUUAGAAAAUGUUAGGUUUAAAAAAUUUCCAGAUUCGUGUGGACGUGACUUGGGGCGGAUUCAUUUGCGGCAUGUGCGUAUAGUCGUCGCAUUUUGCCCGUUGGAUUUUUUUAAGCUUAAAAGAAAUUCCAUCGAGCAAAUACGACAAUUAUACGCUUAUGCUUCAAAUGAACUCACCCCUACUACGAGGAUUGCAUUGUAACAUGCAAAAUGGAUGUUGUAGGUAGUACGAUAGACGAUUAAAUCUUUGCGAAGGAUGCAGUCGAAGCCACGAAUUUUUAUAGAAAAGAAAUAAACAGCGCAUUUCUUACUUGUUUCGUUAUCUUAAAUUUAUUUAAAAAAUAUUUGUGCUUUGUAAGCGUGUUUUGAAUGUUUGUAAGAAUAUUCUGCUCUAAAGAAAUGUAAAGUUUGUAAAGAAUAAAAUUAUCAGAGUAAUAUUAAGACUAAAGCUAUGUAAAUAAAUGGCUUUUAAUUAUUUGCAGAUAUGUCCAGGUGUAAAGUUUUUAUCACGAUCCUAAUUAUGUUUGGUAAGGAAACCAUUUUUUAUCUCAUCAUAACUCAAGAGUUAAUCCAGUGACACUGAUACCUUCCUCAAGAGAGAUUUCCCUAAACAAGGUCAACUCGAGAGCGCAAUGGUAUUUCGUUGGCAACUAUUUUGUUUGCUCUAAUAUUGAAGAAUUGACAAUUAAGGGUUUUUUUUCAUUCUAUCCGUCCAUACUCGCGGAGUUCCUUGUGGUCUCCUUUACUCGCUGAACUCGAGCAGAAGAGCCAACACGAGCAAGAUACAAGGAUUUUUACCUUUGGGAUUUUCUAUUUUCGAAUGCCUAGAUAUACAUAAUGCACUUUCUUUACCUCUCAGUUUCUUAAAAAAGGUCUUGGAACGAUUAUGAAACCUAAAAGAAACUGGAAACAGUACUAAUGGAAAAUUUUGGUGUGCAGCAAAAUGUACAUGUACUGUGGGCAAUUGAGAAAUAGAGAAUGAUCACAAGGAAAAUGAAGGCACAGAGGCAUCAAAGUCUGGCCUAGAACGUAAAUUGUUUGUUCUGCCCAGAGGUAGCCAGUCGCGCCUGAAGACUGAUAUAAAUUCUCAAGAGACGAUUGUUACUCCAAAGAGAAAAUUGAAAGCAAUGUUUAUACAAAAUUUUGUGGGGAAAACAAAAUUGCAUUGUGGGGAACGUGAAAGUCGCAAAUAGAUUCUUCUCUUCAGUUUUCGCAUGUUCUUAUGCUGUUAAAAUACCGCUGGAUGACAUGUACUAGGUUUUUUGUGUCUGGGUCGGGGAUUAAACCAGCCCCUCAUCGCAGGCUUGGAAAAAUUUUACCUGGCAAGGGACCAUUACCAGGUCCAGGCGGUUGCGUCUCAUUAAACAAUAAAAAGUAGCUUUAAGGACCCAGGCAAUCGAAUGAGUCAACCAGAGUUAAAACUUGACGAAAAAAAAGUAUUCGGCUCAAACUUCGUGCUAUUAAGUAACAGUCGCUUUUGAUUCUGAAAAGGAACACUUCACAGGGGCGUACGGAGGAUUUUGUGAUAGAGGGGGCCCAGAGAUAGAGUAUACAGUGGCAAUGUGGGCGCGAUAGCGCUCAUCAGGACUGAGAACGGUGCACUUUAGUAGGGAGUUUCGGGCGCAUGCUACCCUGGGUACCAGAGGUUUUCCUCGCGUGCGACAAAAGUCUCUGGCACCCAGGGUAGGCGCAUGCUCCUCCGGGAAAAUUCUCUGAAAGUUCUCUGAGAUGCAAUCUGGUGCAUUCUGGACCCUUGAAUUUAGCAAAUGCCUGGAUUCCAUAUUGAACAUCCGACACACGUUUACAAAAGAAAAAAAUCCCGGACAAAAGGGGGGGCCCCCUGGGCCCACCCCUAAAUCCGCCCUUGCUUUAGCCACGAACAGGCAUUCCCCAGUUGCUACCGAUGUCAGACAUUUAUUAUUAGGUUGUAAUGGUGUCAUUUUGAGAGUGGUUGAGCGAGGAGUGUUCUGCUAUUAAGCGAUUAUUUGACAUCAAGAAGAUAAAUACUUUCUUCAGGAACAUGGCGUUAUAUGUGUGGUCUUGACUUAUUUUUCUCAGAACUCUAACUGAAAGUAUUUGGACAACUUAUUUUCCAGGGCCUGGUUUCUCGAAAGAGGUUAAGUUUAACCCAGGAUUAAGCCAGAUUUCAAGCACGGUUUACUCGUCCAUAGGAACAUGCAACUCGAAGUUACAGAAUACUGUUGAGCCUUUACUACGAGAUGCAGUAAUGAUAACACAAAUUGUUAUAUUCCUAGACUUUCACUCAACUAAACAGGGACUGCUAUUGGUUGAUUCUUGAUCACGUGGCCUUGAUUAAAAUCAAAUGUAUUCCGAUCGUGAGACAUUAAGCAAUGUACCCUGCUCGGGAUACAUUACAGCACGUGAAUAAAGCAUGGUGGAAAGUGGCGUGACAGAAGGCGGGAAAAACACUGCCAGUUUUCUUUUUCGUGAAUGAACACAACAACACAAACACGAAGCCUCAAACUAAAAAGCAACGAUUUUUAAAGUUAUCGUAGAAGAGAAACAGCAGCUAGUGGAGGAAAAAGAUGCAGAUAAUAUAAGGAAAGUACUUUGUAAAUCAUUCAUUCAGUGGUUUUGAGAAUUAUAUUUGUGUUGUUAAAAGUACCGAGUCGACUGUUUUGGCUCGCUCCGGUUAUUCUUUUAUCACUGUUGAAGUGAAAGUUUAGAAAUAUAACAAAACACUUAAUGUCAGGUCCCUCGGGAAAUCAGUUAGUUUUGUUUUCCCUCGAUUCCUGAUGUUUCCCUCGACUUCGUCUCGGGAAACAUCAGGACUCUCGGGAAAACAAAACUAACUGUUUCCCUUGGGAUCUGACAUUAAGUGUAUAAUGUUACCCUAAGCAAGGCUUAGGAAGAUAAAAAACAAAAACGGAACAAAAUUUUAAUCCUGGAUUAAUGCUAAUCGGCGUUCCAGGAACCGGGCCCAGGGCGUAAGAUUAACCCGAAAAACUGGAAACUCUACCGCGGAUAAAUUGCUCAGUCACUGCGUUAGUACAGUCAACACUCUAAGACGGACACCCCUUGUGACCGCACUUAGUGUCCAUCUUAGAGAGAUGCCCGUCUUGUAGAGAAUAAAAUAAAAGGAGUAAAGAAAUGCAGGAACUGACACCAUUUGUCCGUCUUAUAGAGGUGUCUGAGAGAGUAGUCUGUACCACGUAAUUUUACCUCGUACUCUAAGCGGACUUGCUCUGAAUAGCAUUUUUUAAAAAACUGCCUUUAUCUUGAUCUACGAUCACAAAGCCUACCGACAUUUUUAAAUCCCACGAAAAAUUAUACUUUCCACCUGAAAAACAUCCGAGGCAGAUUUUUUUUCACUUUCACAGGCUACUUCAUUUUCCUUUCCUGACUUCUUUUGACUAUUUUAAAAUUCUAAUUAAAUUAAUUUUUUGUUAGUGUUACAAGCAAAUUCUGAAUGUAUAAAAGGGAAUAAAAUCGUACUGGGCAGAGUAUGUCCUCUGCAACAAGGGUUUUAAAUUGCCUAAAGAGGAGACUUGUUCAGUUAGUUUGCUAAGGUUUCGCCUUUCUGAAUGCAUUAACUAUGCUGAAAGCGGCGAACUUGUUUUAUCACCUGUUUUUACCAUAAAUGUGGCAAAAACCAAACGGAAUUUUCAUAAUUUACUCCGCAGAAGAUAUCAGACCGUGUUUUCAUUUAAAGACCUAUAUAAACUAACUUAUUCCUUAUGUCAGACUUGACCACUUUAAUUGCCUUUUUCUUUUUUAUCUGUAGUGAUUUGCAAAGCCAAACAUUAAAAUAAAAAGAUUUUCAUAAACUCGAACCAGAAUAUAAUUUUUUCUCCUAGUAGUUACUGAUUACUGAGUGUUUAUGGAAAAAUUGCAUCGUGUGAAUAUCAUCGGUUAAUUUGAAUUUUAAGGUCGCCAAUUUUUUUCCUCUUACAAGCCGGGACAGACAACACAAAAUGGAUUGAUGUCUCUUUUAUAAUUUAAUACGGCCGUCAAUCAUCCAACACGUACGAGCUAAUAUUUUAAAUAUUACUGUUUGCAUAUUGAAGAUUUCUGAUGAACAGAAGUAUCGACUAAUCAUGACCGCUGAAUCCUUCAUGAAGUGGAAACUAAUCCACAGAGGAAAAUAUUACGAAAUUGAAAUCAACUGCUACGCACAAAGGGAUGAGUGCCACUCAACUUGAUUAAUACGUGGUAUAUACUCGGACUCUACGUGGGGCCAGUAUUUCAUAAUAGUCUUAAUGAAACUGGCUGUAGUUUCAACCUCAUUUGCCUUCUGCACUCGAAUGUUUCUAAUAUCACCUUAAUAUAUUCAGCUGUAGAUUUUUGAUGGCGAAGGUGUCGUUUUCUCUGUUUUGGAGUUUAUUCGCCGUUCUUAGCUUUUCACUGGAGAUUUACAUAAUAACAUAAUCCCUCUCUGCACUGUCCUCUUAUCUAAAUAUUGCUUUAGCAUUUCCAAGUUUAGAAAAACAAUAUAGGAGUAAAUUAAGCAAGCUGUUUUUUCACCGCACCUCAAUUUUUCAUUUCAGCUCGCGAAUUAGUACAAAUUAUGAGAAAAUUCCCAGUUACCGAGGAAGUUACUACCAUGAAUAGAAUUAUAUUUUUGCGUCUUGAAAGUUUAAUUUUAAAAGAAAGCAAAAUGACGUCGUUGCGAUCAAGGGCCAUUAAAAUAUCCCUUUGUUUCACUUCCUCUAAAGCUGUAUUGUUCAACUGUUGUUUUUGUCAAUUCAUUUUCGUCUCAAUUUCAUAUUUCUUUCGGAGACGAAACUUGGUUUUUUGUUUUUUUUUUUUUUUUAAAAGGAACACUUUAUAUCACAAGCCUUGGAGACCUGUAAAAAUGCAAUAACCAUUGAAAAAAUUUAUCAGGCGACUUUAAUUUGGUGAUAUGCUUUAGCGGGUGCUUCUAGAAUGACUCCGUGGCAACGCCGAAAAGAAAGACAACUUAAAGUGAACAUUACUCAGCAAUUAACAGGUCUGCGAGUUGAUUGCUGUGUAGGUUUUAAGUUGUCUCACAGCAUCUCCACCGCCCGCCCGGUGAUUAUUUAUAUAUUUCCAGCUGAUGAGAUAAUAACAACUUGACCCAAUCGCCCAAUUAUCUGCAUUGUCUUAAUCCGGGAAUCUUUAUCACUCGCGACCGCAGGCCGCUUGAAUAGGGGUCGUAUAAAGAGAUUAGUUGCGUUGUUACUGAGUAUACAGAAGGGCUGACAAGACGGCUUGCGGGUUUGUCUAAUUUCUAAUGGCCGUUCUUCAGGUAAAGGAACUGAAACUCCUCUUGUUUUUUAACAAUCCAUUUUCCAAAUAAUCGCCGUCUAUUUGCUCCCUAUUUUGGUCUUGUUUACUUCUGGUUUUACAACAGGAAUUAUCACACAGAAAGGAUAUUUUAUUGGUAAAGGGUCUACACAAAUGGCGGUAAUUUGUAGCCGUGCAGCAUUCUUAACCUUUGGUUACGUCAACAAAUGAAUCUGAAAGUAGAAUUGACGCAAGUGAUCGAAGGCUAUGACGUGCUUCCAAGAGGGAAAGAAAUACAAUGGCUUAUUUCCUUCCUGUAGCAAUAUCCCUCGUGAAAGCAUAAUUAUUUCAUAGCAAUCACUUUGCUCAAUUCUUUUCAAAUAUGAUUUUAGAAACACCAGCCAUUUGUAUCGGGACAAAAUACUGUAAAUAUUUUACUUAUGACCGACGUGGUAUAAAUUUAGUGUCAGAUUAUUGCCUUUUAUAAUACACCGCUAAUCAUGUUCAGUUCCUCGAGGAAUUCGAUGCCAUUAAUAACUCGCAAGAAUAACACUGGCUUUAAAAUAAGUUCUGGGUAAAGUUGCAAGUUAUAUUGGACAAAAUGGCUGGCGUUAUUGAAGUUUGGCCUCUGUAUCGUAUCAAUUACGUCGAAUGGAAUUGCCAAACACCAGAGAAAUGAUUUUAAUUCUGUUUUGAUUGAAGACUAACGUUUAAGAAAACAACGUAUUUUACAGACGUACGGACAUCAGACUGCCUGCUUUUCAACGACAAAAACACCUGUUUAUUUUAUAAAUUUAAAAAAAUUUACCCAGGAAAAUCUCCCAGCCAACCGACGGGCAAGUCUUAAAUGUUGUUGAAUGUGCGACGAUAUAAUUAUUAAAAUGAUUUGUACGAAUUUUCUGUUAGUCAAACAGGGAACGAAAACUCAAGCUUCAAGAACUCAACCCGUUUAUCACAUGCAAACUUUGCAGUGGCUAUUUGAUCAGGCCAACUACGAUCACAGAAUGUCUUCACACAUGUAGGUACCAGUCAAAUACACAACCCUUUGUUACACUCGCCGUAAUUUGUCGGCGAUAAAAACGGAAUAUUUUUAAUUAUUGCCCACCGCGUCUUGUAGUAAAAUUAUCGCCAAAAUCCGGUAUCGUGUUUUGGUAAUACAAACAUCGUUCACCCCUUAACUAACCUAAAACCCAGUAAUAUAUUUCCAUUUGUUGUAACUCCUCUGGUCAUUGUGCUAAAAACAUCUGCGUUCAUUUGUUAUGUGGACCAUCAAACACUAUUCAUUUCUUUAUUAGUUUAACUCGUGGAGACGAGACUUUUUUCAUAUUCCGCUGAAAUUAAAUCGACAAAAGUUCUGUUGAUCUACGACCAACGAAUUUUCGUCUUUGAAUUCGCUUGUAAGUGGUAUUAGCAAACUUGAGCGCACUGGUGAUUUUCGAGCGCUUCUCCCUUGUCGCGUCAUAAUUAUUCAUAAGAUGACACUCUUUUGACACUUUGAGAUAAUUUUAUUAGAUACAACAGUGGGUAGUGAUAAGCCUGAAAUAUGAUAACAAUCUUGAAACUUAUAACAAGAUCAGUCACUAAAAACGUCCACUACCCAAAGCUGCUAAAAGUGCGGUCUUGUACAAUGACCAUCAUAGGAAAAUUUAAAUGGCUUUCAGCCCGACCUCCAACGGCGAAUGCUUUGCAAUCGCACAGAUGCCCUGGGACUUGGCAAUUGUUCGCAUUUCAUUAUGUAUUCUGUGUAGUAGGAGAUAAUAAAGUACUCUAAGGGAAUAUACAUUACAAUAUUAACAGAUCGCCCACGGGUAUCCAGCAUGAUAAGACGUUAAGAUGAGAAUAUGAAUUUGGAAUCAGAUUCCUGAGAAAGAGAAUCGCGUUUGGCGUGAAUAAGUUCAAAAGAUUUGCGAAAAAUUAAUCCAGUUUGCCUUUUACCUGGGGAGUAGCGUGAGAUUUUGAACCUGUCGUACAUGGUUUACGCACGCCGAGAAGAAAAGUUGUUGCGACGAAGGCGGCGUAAAGUAAGGGGGUCUGGGGGCAUGUUCCCCCAGAAAAUUCUUAAGUUUAGGGUCUCGAAAAUGCCAUUUCCAGCGUUUUCAGUAAAUUAAUACGAAGGGAAAUGCAGUAGUUAGUUCUUAAGUUUACCCAUCUCUAGUGUUGUCGGUAAGAUACAGUGUUUACGGAAGAAAAAAGGCCAGUGACGCUAUCAGAAUUAUGGAAUAAUUAAAAGGUAAAGGAAAUAAUAACACAAACACACCUAUAGUGCGAAAAAUGUAUCAGUCAUCCCGAUUCAAUGGUAAAAAAAUUAUUUUUCAGGAAAUAAUUCUAUAUAGCUGUAGAUGGACGCACGGGGGGCUUAUGUGCGUUUGUGCAUAUAUAUUGACGCUAUGCUCCUGCUUACGUUUUACAUUAAAAGAACUGUGGCGAAUUGUAAACAUGCUCGGCAACAACAAAGGGUCUACUCAACUUCUGGUUGCAAGUGUGUAUGCUUUGAGGUAAAAAAGAUGUUUUCUUUUCUCCAGGAGUGGACAGCAUGAUUUUAAGUUUCUGAGGAGUUGCCUUUAAAAUUCGAUUAUGGUAUAGUUAGUUCAUCAGCGCGAUUUGAGGAUUCUCUUCAUUGGCGUUCUCGAAAGUCCCGAACACAUUUCGGACCCGAAAAGUCUCGGCCGGGACUUCAAGAAGCUUCAGUCUUUCCCAGGUCUUUCGCCUGAGCCGUAUUACGGAUACAAAGCUGCAAGGUCUGGCUUGUUUUUCGCCUUCCACGGCUUAAUUGCAUUUUACUCAAACCUGAUCCCUAGCAAUAAAACUGACAAAAGUGCUAAUUAAAGUUUAAAACGUCGCAAUCGUGAUCUGCUCCAAAGCAUGUUUGCACGUUAAACAUCAGAUUAUUGGCUAAAAAAACUUGCUCGGUCGGGCAUUUUUCUCGAAAGAGUCGUGUGAGUUGUUAAGUAACUUUUCUAUGUCUUCAUUUCUCGUGAUCGACGUUCAGCUCUCACGUAGCAAUCUUUGAAUUCUACGUUUUAACUUUUACCCGAUUGCGACCAGAAACGUAUCGUUUUGAAAAGGUGAAAUUUCGUGUCUUUUUCCAUUUCGUUCUUCGCUUUCGAACCUUGGCAAUAAGCCCAGCGCCCUGCGGCUGAAAAAAUCAAAGGAUAUUCUUCAAUACCUUUGUUGCACUUGGAUGAACUCAAGUGUGCGCACGAAAAGUUUAGUACCAGCGCAUGUCAUCUAAAGCCCCAGUUACAAGGGAGCAGUAUCAGCUUACCUUAACAGGGACGACUCAGACCUUUUACAUAAACAAUGGGUCAAAGUAACGAACCGAUUAAAUGAGAACGAAGCGGAACGGUUAACAACUUCUGUUCGGAAUUCACAUUUUAAUUCUUGAAAACGGUAUGAAAAAUUGCCGCGGAUGGUCGGACCAUUUUAUAGAGCUAUAGUCUAACCUCUUCUUAGUGACACCUCUCUUUAACGGACAGUUCGUUUGGUCCCAGAAAUGCCAAAAAUCAUACAUUCCCUACCUCUAUAAUACGGACACCUCUGUAAAGCGGACAAUUGGUUCUGUCCCUUUGGUGUCCGUACUAAAGAGGUUUGACUGUACUUUCCAAAUGGCUUCGUAUCUGAUUCAUGCCAUUGGGAAAUCUAGAUUUGGAUUCCGAAUUUCCCAGUGAAACGAAAACUCAUUUAGUCAAACUCCACGCAAAUUCACGCAGACCCAAAGACGAAUUUUAGUAAAAAAAUCCAUCUGCGCACUGGAUUACAAUCAACAGAUUAUGGCACGAGAUUCUUUUGGAUUUCGUGCUUAAAUCCCAUUUACCGGAUUGACGGCACCCUGAGUCUUUUCCCGCAUAGGUCAACUAACAGCCACUUUUUUUUCGCAGUGGAUAUUCAGUCUUGUCAGUUUACAACGGCCACCUGACCCUUUCUCAAUGCCAUUGCAGAGAGGGUCUCCUGUGUCAGGUUACGCCAGAGAACGUCAAAGCAGAAGUUUUAGAUCGCAAAAAUUCGGGUUAAACUUUUCAGAUAGAUCAUAAUUUUUUAUCAUUUUUUACCCCUCUACCACAGCCUUCAUAUCAAAUAGAAAUACAACACUUAUAUGCCAUUCCGUGCUGUAUUAUUAGGAGAAGUUAAUGAAGACGUCGACCGCCCACCCGGAGGGGUACUCAACAAAUGUUUAUACGGGGAGGCUCCGCCCCGAGGUCCAUACCUAAUUACAUACCUUUUUCACGAGAAAAGUACCCCUUUCGUACACCUUCUAUGGACAAAUGGUACCCUUUACAUAACUUGUUUAGAACUUUGCAUCCCCUUUAACUGCUGUAAAUGCACAGUCUUUUAAAUAGGAAUCAAUCACAAAAAAUAGAACGUUUUCUCGACUUUAUAAAGCCAUGAAAUUCACCUGUAAGCCCUUUGGGCCUUUUUACAGACCUAAAUGACAGAUUUCCCUACGCUUCUAUAUACUUCAACUAGUGAAUUCUCUACCCUUUUAUAUACCUGAGGCCUGAAAAAGAUACACCUUUCCGGAGGAGCCCUCCGCGUAUAGGUCGUCAUAGGGAACACCCCUUCCGGGACCGCCUCUUGGGUGACGCGUUCUCUGGUGUAAAGUCAACUCAACCCUGACUCUACUUACUUACGUCGGUACCUACUAACCUAGCAACCCGCAGGCCUAUCUGCUACUUGCCCGGCACGCUAAUAGCAUUAUGGUCGUUUCCGCUUAGUUUGCAGGUCCUGUAUUGUGAAACACUUGCAAGACAGUGACGACAACCAAUGUCCAAUUUGUGCAAUUCUUAUUCACGAGACCAACCCGUUUGACAUGCUCAGGUAUUUAUCAUCAGAAAUCUUCUACUCUUUGUGUUAGGGUUACGGUUAGGGUUAGGGUUUAUUGUUAGAGGGUUAGGGUUUGUUGGAGUUAGGGGUUAGGGGUUUGGGUUAGGGUUAGGGUUAGGUUUAGGAGUUGUCUCGGGCAGACAAAUAAUGACAGUAAGAGAAACCACAGACAAAUCAAAAAUGAAAUUAUAAAAAAAUACUUCCAGGAAGGUGACGAUACCCUAUUAAUUUUACACCUCACAUAAUGUUAGCUAGCAUUUUGGCUAAAGUCAGAUCAUUCCAGAAUCGUAUUUUGUUGGGUCUAUGGUAAGGAAGAGCUGAAAUCGCUUAGCAAGAAGCUAGUGCGAACAUUGGGCCGGAUAUUUCAAAUGCGCAACUACAAUAAGGCUAUGUUUUCACUAUUGCGGAUAGCACCUAACCGAUAUAUGACUCUACACUUUAGAGAUCGCCGCGGCGCAGCUUCUCUCAGGGGCACCCAACGAGAAUAUAGUUGAAAACCACUUAAACAUAGCAUUUUUAAACGUAUUUCAGUAUUUAAACGGUAGAUAUCGGCAUAUUUUUAUCCCCUAAAAAUUUUUCAUCUGUUCGAAUUUCCUAGCUGAAAGUCUAGUGAUCCGAAAAUUAAAGGGAUCAAAACUUACCUUUUCGAAAAUUUCAGCCAGAAAAAAGGCUCCCAAAAAUUCUAGGUGACCUUUUUAGGGUAAAAAUCGGUUAAAAAUCGGCAAUUAUACCAUUUUUUAAAUGUUCAAAAAUCCUAGGAGAGUCAGGCAAGCAAGAAAUUUUACAAAAAAUGUUCUGAAAAUUCUAGAUCUCAAAUCGUCUUCCGAACAGAUAUUUUCCGAAAAACUGACGUUGGGUGCCCUGUUCUCUCCGUUACAGAAAUCGCGCCGAAAUCACGGUUCUUAAGUGUGAACAGAAGCCAUAUCCAGUAUGGUUUUCGUGCAUGCGCAAACGCUAUGCGAUAUAGUGUCAACUAAAAGAGAAAAAUCUCUUGGUGUGAACAUAGCCUAAUUUUUCAUUAUUGAUUUGUCUUUGGAUUUGGUAAUCUAUGGCAAUUAAAGUUUGAAUCACUGGAACAUGGCCCACAUAGCACGUGCGGGGUUUUUAAGAGAAGGGAGAAAUUUCGAUGAACUAACUGGCGCCUGCCACGCAGGCUAAAAGAGACAUUUUAUACUAAAAAUACGUGUUUUACAAAUCACGCAAAACUAAAUUCAAAUAUAUUUUACUCUACUUCAAGUUAUCUAUCUCGGUUCUGGCGUCAUAGCGCAACGUGCUUGAAGGACAGCAACUUUCAUAAUAAUAUUGAUUGUACUCAUAGUAGUUUUUUUAAGUUAAUCGUUUGUAUUUUUUAACAGGUCGGACCAAACCUUGGAGGAUGUAAUUUACAAACUUGUUCCCAACCUACAAGAAAGUAAUGAUAGAAAUUUUAACCUUUUAUUGUCGAGCUAGUUAACACUAAUGGAAGCGUCAUGAAUAGUCGUCGUUGAGUUCUAUUAAAUCCAGAAACGAAUUGGAGUGUAAAAAUCUUUAGGAGAGUCUGUUACGAUACGGAUAGGAUGAGAUGUCAAAACGAGCGGAAGUUAUUUUUCUCCUUUCGAUCACGACAUUGCUUUGUGAAAACUCAAAUUCACGCAAGUGGAAAAAAAUGCUAAUCGGGAAAACAGCUCGACUCAUUGACGGUUGCUGUUCUCGAAAUUCCGUUUAGAUUAAAUGGGCUUUUAUCCAUUAUGCUAAUCAGCUUCUUAAUCUGCUAACUUUUGAAUGAACUUUUCUGAGUUACUUACAAUAGAAUCAUUUCUUGCCGGAUAAAUCCAUAGAUCCAUUCAGCUGCUAUUAAGCUUAAGUUUGGCAACGACAAAGAACACUUUUUUUUGACCUCAUACUUACAUCCAGGAUUGCCAGUGUCUAGACGAGUGUGUAAACCAGUACAAUGCGUUUGCCACUUCCAUCCCACGGGGCGGGGAACGCUCAUCGGCCGGAAACUAAGGAUUAAAUCUCUAAUACGAGACCAAUCUCAGAGUGGCUAAGGCUUUAUUUGACCCUUAAGAGAGACCAUACUCCAACAAAGUAUGAUGGUCUUUGCUUUUUUAUGCCGGUAGAUAUUUUUUUACGCACACUCAGUCAUCCUAAUAUUUACCUUCGAGUAACGCGCAUCCCCUUUCGGUUUCAUCUGGGGGUGCCCUUCGUUCGGUUGACACUAGAAAGGUCGUAAUAGAAUAGAGACUCUUGUUCUUGGGCCAUCGUAGUUUGAUCAAAAAUAAAACACAAGCAGGGGUGAUAAACAUUGUGAGCUUUGACAUUUUUAUAAACUUGACGUUUCGUAUGCUAUUCAACAUACUUUUUACAUUUUUUCGUCGGUGAAGGCACGCUAUUAAUAGUAAACCCUUUAAGACGAUAGAUUUUUAGUGAAAAGUUUUGACUCACGUACCCUUCUCCAAAAAGGAAGCUAAAGGAAGGAUAUUUGAACAAGGUGUUUCUUUAUUUAUUUGUUCCAGAUGAGCAGCAGCGGGAGAUACACUUCCAUAAAGAACACAAAUCAGAUGAAGAAAAGGAAGCAAGCGAGGAAAACAAAGAAAACAACGCGGCGAGUAUGUUGAGUGAGCCCCUGUUCAUUUGGAUAAAUUUUUGUGAUGAUAGAUUUUGUAUUCUGUUAAAAAUUUUCAAUAAAUGAUGAGCAAAAUUGUAAAAGUUAUAAAUUUUGUGUCCAACAAUGAGAAAGACAGAACUUUGUAGACGCUAUUCUUACUUAAUAUGUAAUCUCAUCUCUAGUUCCAGAUUCAACCACGGACGAGCCCGCGGGCAAAAGAGUGAAACUGUCAGCCGAUGAUUACGACAGCAAAGAAAACUUUCACCGCGAUGACCCACAAAUUGGCGUGUGCCUGGAAUGUUUGACGUGAGUUAAUUCUUAUUAUUAUUGAAUGAUUACAACAAGACACCGACAAGUAAAUCAAGACAGAAACCCGUCUUCUAAUUUUCUACAGUUAUUAUAACGUUCGAUGCAUUCGACGAGGGAGAACGCGUUUUUAUCUUGCAGGCAGAAGAAAUUGACAUCAGAGACAUUUUUUUGGGACUGCCAUUUAUUAUUCGGGCUCUUCCCUAUCCUCUUCACAGGGGAAUUUUCGGUCAGUAAACGUUUAACUACUUUGAUGCGGUGGGAAAACUGGUUAUUCUGCAACUGCCUCCGUCGAAAGCACGCCCCUAACGCGCUUAGGUGAUGUUUACACUGUACCGGAUACUUUUACGCCGGCAAGAAACCAGACCGGAUAUGGUUUCUGUUUACUCGUAUGAAGAGAGAUCUUGGCGCGAUUUUUGUGACAGGAGCGAGGCGCACGCCGCGCCGAUCUCUAAAGUGGAAUGGGUCUGAGUCAAUAACACAUGAGGCCGAAGGCCGAAUGAGCUAUUGACUCAGAGGCCAUGAGGGGGAGAGGAAUAAUUGUUUUAGUAAAAUCCAACUAGCUGGUCAAAAAAUAUCAAGACAAAACAACUUUAGCUAGUUAAAGCUAGAAUUUAAUCCUUUUUUGCCGCCAAAAAGCCGGCGCUUUGCGCUACUAGUGGGCUUUAACAUGUAGCCUAGUAGUAGCUUAACCAAUCAGAACGCAGCAUUAAUGAAAGCUGACCACUAGUUGGAUUUUACUAAUAUCGGAUAGUUUUUCCUGUGGGCCUAUCCGGCCGUAUAGUGUGGAUUUAGCUCUGGUUAUAGCAUCCCCUGCCUCGGUAGCUCUUUUAUAUGCAAUCAUCCAAAUACGGAGGGGACAAUACUAUAUAAAUAAACUCUUCAUAUGUAGACGCGAGAGUCCACCUCCUUAAUUUAAUGAUCCUCAGAGAGGUCGGUCUACCAGCUUAGUCCCUGCUGAUUUGCCAGAAAACACAAGCAGCUUCACACUGGAACCAUUAACAAAAAUACUAUAUAGAUCUAGCCAGAGCUAAAUUGGAAGCUCCCGUUUAUGCAUUUACAGUUUAUUUCAGACAAUUGGAACCGUUGCAAAGAAAUCCACAGAUAUAUAUUUAAAUUUAGGGGAGGCCAUAUGACUUUUGAGGACUAGCUGAAAAACAAAAACUUAAAAAGCUGAUAAAUGGUCAGCAAAAGACUUACAAAAAACACGUGGCCUCGAUAAAUUGGCACCCGAGCCCGUGAUACGGUCAUGUGAUUCUGGUCAGCAGAUACCCUGUUUUGACAGCUGUCAAUUGACCAUAGUAUGGAUGUCUAUUUUCAAGUUAAACAUAGGUUACAGACUCCCAUACCAGAUAGAAAAUGUGACAUUUCGCACAUGUGGUGCCAACCGACUGACGUACGCACGCGUGUACGGUCACCUGGCUACCAAAAUUUCUCGGAUGCAUAGAUAGCCAAAUUUUCUUACCCAUGGUGCUCUGCCGCGCUCCAAGAGCUUCGUUUUAAGACUGCGGUGAGCACACGUGGCAUAUAAACGAAGUGAACAACGUGUGUGAAUUCCACCUCGUUCUGUUUCAGUGACAACUCACUCCAAGAUCCACCUGUGAGAGAACUGGUUCGGAAAUACAUUCGCUGUUCUUCGCGGUUGACAAUAGCGCAGGUCAAGAAAUUUUUGAAAGUCAAGCUUGAUCUUAAAACAGCGGACCAGGUAAAUCAAUAAACACAGUUAACUCCGCAAUUCAUUUCAAUUAAAACUUAUUACUGUAAGUGACAGAGAUUUUUCGGCUGUUGGGACAUUUAGUAUUGCAAAGAGAUAUUCUUCACAACCAAUAAAUGUUUGAAAGUUACGCAUGCGCAGAGCUUUCGGAAACCGCCAUCCAUCCAUCCAUCCCUUCAUCAGUGACGUUUGCUGUUAUUCGCAGCCUCGUUUUGAUUAGGUUGCUUAACUUUCAAGAGCUUGUUGUUGUUGAAGAAUGUUUCUUAUCACUAUUGUUAUGUAGUUGAGAUUUGAAAGUAAUGCUCUAAUUGUGUUGGCUUUGUCUCUCUAUGAUAGGACAGAAGCAAAUCAUAACAUUGGCAGCUGAUUAAAAAAAAAUAAAAAAAUAAACAGAAUAAGCUAAAAUAAAGUUCCAGCAUUGGAACUGUCGCUUGAGCGAAUAGCAAGUGUUUGGGUGGUUGUGCUCCGCUGGAACUCUAAGACCAUUAUACUAUACCUCACUCAUGUACAGUUGAAAUUUUCGACACCAUUUUGGUACUGAAACCCAAAUCUAUAUCCCCCGAGACUAUUCUUCGCUUUGUAUGUUAUCUAACCCUCAAAUACAAAUGCUAAUACGACGUUAUAUUCUCACACCUCUGCAUAUUUUUUCUGUAAGUAAUUGACCCCUAAUUCUCAGCCAAAACUCACCGCUCUCUCUACUACCUCAGACUACACUAUCAAAACCUGCCACCUCUUUUUCAAGAGCAAAUGAAUUAUGAAUGAGACCCCUCGCGCUAAGUGAGUGUUGAUUGAAAAAUUUGAGGUUGAUUGUAAUUGACUGGAAAGGUUACCUUUUAUUAUUUCGUAACUUUCUAAAAGAGAAUACUUGUCGCGUUUAGGUACUUUUUUUAUACAGCGCUAUUCUCUCUUUUAAGGUUGAGGUGAUGUGCAACGGCGAAAUUAUGGGUAAAGAUCACACGCUGGAGUUCGUAUACAUGACAAGAUGGCGGAUAAAGGUGAGAUAAAGACGAGGUUCUUAAUAUGAAGAGUUUCGGCUUGUAAUCUUUCUGGUAAAAAAGGCUAUCAAUGAUAGUGUCUUUUGAACAUAAUGUAUCUCACAGGGUAGUACAGUCUAACCUGCAUGCGGAUCAGUCGGGGGAAGUUUGCCCUUGGAUAUUGGAGCUCACUGGAAGGGUUAAUGUACGCCUGUGUAUCUUUACUCUCAAGUUGACUCAAUGGCGUCUAUUUUUUUUUUUUGGCGUCUAUUGAUACCAACCAUGUGCAUGAAUGGGGCACCAUAAAGUCCAUAAAGCUCAGCUUAUACUUUUAUUUACGUAUACUGAUGCGAAUCUUGAUCUAAACAAGUAUUUGUCAUCAGAUAUUCCAUUUUUAAUUAAUUAUUUAAAAAUAAUUUCCAUUUGCUAUUAACCAUUUUUUUCCUUUUCAGGAAGGAUCCGUACUUACGCUUCAGUACAGACCACGAAUGGAUUUUUUCUGAGGCUUAUCUCAUGAGGUCUGCUCAUCGUAGGUGCCAUACAGUAGGCCAAACCGAAAUGGUCCGAGGAUUGUCAGUGCCACUCCCACGUCAUAUCCAGCCAAAUUGGGAGACCUUUUGCAGAUAGCAAAUAAAUUCAUGGUGUAAAUUAAUUUUAUGAUACGAUAUGUAGUAUAUUUAUUAAGAAAGACACACAGAGAGAUAAUUGUACAUUAAAAGUCAUGGUUAGCUAUAAAAAGGACAGAUAUUUAAUUGUAAAAAGUAAGCUUGGAGUAUUUUGCCCACGUGUUUUUCGUGAGUUUCACAUUGAAAUCUAAACUAAACCAUUUAAUAUAAUACUGACAUAAAAACAUUUAACCGAAGCGACCGAAAAAAAGUGGAGAAAAACCUUAUGUGUAAGUAAAAGUAAACAAGAGUGAACGGCUAAUGCAGUGUUUGGAAUUAAAAUUCAGUUCUAAUUGUUCGCGUAUGCCUGAAGUUAAUCAAGAGUGAGUUAAUACAAGUCAAUUUUGAAUUAGUUUUCCUUUUAACUUUUUGCGGCCAAGCGACAUUUUAAAUCCAAAAAUACCGUAAAAUUCCGAAAAUGAGCCCCUCCAUGUAGAAGCCUCUCCAAAUAUAAGCCCCCCAAUCCGGUAACGCAAAAAACCCUCCGUUAAAUCGCCCCUCCAAAUAUAAGCCCCCCGGGGGCUUGUACUUGGAAAAUUGCCCUCAAAUACAAAGUAAAACAAAGCAAAAACCGCAAAUUUACUUCCAAC